UACCGUGCGCCUUCGAGUCUUCUCUUUCGGGUAAUCAAUCUUCCACCCAAAAACCCUAUUUUUCCGUCUUCUCUCUGCUCCACUCUUUCUGUAACAGUCGCAGAAAACCCGAAAAGUUUAUUCGAUUUUCAGUUGAGAUUGUUCUUCCAAAUUUAUUUGUAAUUAUUGUAGACUUGUAGUCAGUUUCUGGAGAGAGAAUUUGGCGUGCGUUCUUCAUAAGCAGAGGGAUUGAGAGAGUGAUGGGAAGUAACUUUCCCUCUCUUUCAGUGAAGCGAGCGGCGGCGGCGCGCACUGGAAUGGCCGAUACAUACGCGGGUAUGGCGAAUGGGUCCUCGAAGUCGAAGAGGUCCAAGAAACCUCCGCCACUCAUCAUUCCUCCAGGCCAUAUUGCUUUUCGAAUGCUCUGCCACGCUUCGCGAAUUGGUGGGGUGAUUGGGAAGUCGGGUUUUGUGAUAAAGCAACUUCAGCUGUCUACCGGAGCGAAGAUCCGUGUUGAGGAAGCUCCGAGCGAAUCGCCGGACCGGGUUGUUACUGUGAUUGGGCCGCCCGCGCUUACCUCCAGGGUGUUGCUGGAUCAAAAACAUGGCGAUUCUGGGGUCAGUGGGGAAGAAGUCGAGGCGUCCAAGGCUGGAGAAGAUAAGAAAGGAGAGUGGUUGUAAGAUUAGGGUCUUGACAGAUAACUUGCCGGCUUGUGCAGGACCUUCUGACGAGAUGAUUGAGAUAGAAGGGGAUGUUUUGGCUAUCAAGAAAGCACUUCUUGCUGUAUCUCGCCGUCUUCAAGACUGUCCUCCAAGUGAAAAAACGAGGACAGUUGCAAGCAGACCUGCUGAAGCAGUCAUCCAUGAGACUUUACCUGAUCUACAUAUGGACCAUAUUUUUCAGAGGCAUUCAAUUCUGCCCAUCAUGCCUAGCAGUUCAAGCAUUUUUGCUUCAGGAAUCCAUUCGCAGUCUAUGGAUGCUGAUGUGCUGUCCCCAGUUGACACAACAGUUACACAGCAGGAAGUUGUUUUUAAGAUUCUUUGUGCCAAUGACAGGAUUGGGGGUGUGAUUGGCAAGGGUGGUUCAAUUGUUAGAGCACUUCAGAAUGAAUCUGGUGCUACUGUAAGUGUUGGACCAUCAGUAGCUGGUUGUGAUGAGAGAUUGAUAAGCAUUACUGCUUCUGAGAACAUUGAAUCGCGAUACUCGCCAGCACAAAAGGCUGUUGUUCUUGUUUUCUCUAGGUCUGUAGAUGUGGGAUUUGAGAAUGGGCAAGGCAUGAGCUCAAAUAAGGGAUCACCUGUUGUGGCACGGCUUGUUGUUCCAUCAAAUCAAGUUGGUUGUGUGUUGGGAAAAGGAGGUGUUAUCAUUUCUGAAAUCAGGAAGGUCACAUUAACGAACAUAUCAAUAAUAUCAAGUGAUCAGGUCCCAAAGUGUGCCUCAGAGAAUGAUGAAAUAGUACAGAUUUCAGGUGAGUUUUCAAAUGUUCAAGAUGCAUUGUACAAUGUUACUGGUCGACUGCGGGAUAACCUUUUCUCUAGUAUUCUAAGUAACUCUGGAACAAGGAAUGGUGCUGGUUCCUCCAUAUAUCCUGAGACCAGUCCAUAUGGAAGACUGAGGGAUCCUGCACCUCCAGUACGAACUACUCCGGUUGGCUCUUCGCAUAGUAGCUUUAUACAACAUACUACAACUCAAAGUACGGAUGACUUGUGCAUCUCUCACAGUUUAGACAGUCCAUCAUCACCGGUGUUAUGGGCAUCACAACAGUCUUUAUCUGGAGAAAAUUCUAGGGCCUUUCUGGAUGCUGUCAGGGGGGUGCCAUCCCAUAGGGGUGGAGUACAACUUGGCAGUGGGAACAAAACUGCUAUAGUGACGAACACGACUGUAGAAAUUGCAGUUCCCGAAGAUGUUAUCAGUUUAGUGUAUGGAGAGAAUGGCACAAAUUUGGCCCGUCUAAGACAGAUAUCUGGUGCGAAGGUGAUGGUGCAUGAACCCGACCCCAUAACAAACGAUCGACUCAUCGUCAUAUCUGGAACGCCCGAUGAAACCCAGGCAGCGCAAAGCCUCCUCCACGCCUUCAUUCUCACCGGAUCUUCAUGACAAGUUUGGCUCGAAAUUUUUCUAGAUAGCUUUUUGAAUCCCUCCCGGAAAAUAUUGUACACUAAAAUUCAACUCGGGGCGGUAUGUGUUUAUUCUAAUAGGAAAGGCUAUUUGGCUUCAUAA